AUGGAACGAAAAACCGCGGCACAAAAAGGUUUGUUGUCACCCGAUGUAUUAUUCUGUAUAUCGAAUUAUAUCGAUCGUCAAGAUGAUACCUUUAACUAUCUCUUCGUUAAUACGACAUGGACUUUGGUAAUGGUAAGACAAUUAUGGAAAUCUCCCGUGUGGAAGACGGCUGGUUCCUACCAAAAAUUUAUACGCACGCUUCGUGGUAGGAAAUCACGAUUUUCAUAUGGUGUUAUGGUUCAACGUAUUAUAUUUAAAAGUCAUCGAUCUUAUGGGAACAUUCCGGAUUAUUCAACGUUGGAUCUAAAAUUGAUUUCAAGAAAAUGUCCAAAUAUUAAGCAUAUUACCAUCGCUAAUCCAAGACAACCUUUCUCGGUGACAAACGUAUCGGCAAUGUUAAGUUCCGCACCAAAUUUAUUAUCAUUCACCGUUUUGAACUGUGACAACGAAUGGUUACAUGGAGCUUUAAAACCGAUGAGAGAAGGUUUAUGCCCAAAGUUACAACACCUGGAGAUUAGCGAUUGGACUAGAAAUUGGGCUUUUGACGUUUUAAGGGAUGUGGGGGAACGUUGUAAGAAUAUUGUCUCUUUGAAAUUAUACCAACGGGUAAAUAGGAUGGAUGUCGCAAAAAUGAUUGUGAAAUCUUUUCCAAAUUUACAAACGUUCGAAUGUAGGCAUAUUAAUUUCGCAGGGUUACAAGGACUUAUCACGGGUGCCGUCAAACUUAGAUCGUUAACGUCGCAAUUUGAAGAAGAUAUCACGGAUGAGGCUGCCGAAAGUUUAGCUUUCGCUUUCGCCAAACUUGAGUCAUUGAGAAUUAGAACCAUUCAUGUCAUAGAUUUUCCAAAAUUUAGUUGUUCCCUGGCCAAACAUCAAUCAUGUUUACGUCAUCUUCAUCUAGCCACCGUGUAUAUAACGGAUGCGACGGUUGAAAAAUUGGCGGAAAAUUGUAUUUACUUGGAAUCCAUCGAGAUUUAUAUGUGCUUUCAUUUAACAGAUUCCGCCUUAAAAGCGUUGGCGAAGCAUCGUAACGUUCAUUUAAAACACCUCAUGAUAGCUUAUAAUCCUCGCAUAACGGAUGAAGGUAUGACAAACAUCGCCACUCAUUGUAUGAAUCUAAGAAAUUUCAUUGUGAUGUCAUGUACAAAAUUGACAAAUGUAGCCUUCAUAAAUAUCACGAGAGAAUGUAAAAGUUUGGUAGAAUUUACUAUUCGUAAUUUUCCUCGACAAACUUUGGCCUCCAUUGUGCAUACUUUGGCGACGCGUAAUAAAGGAACUUUGAGAGUAUUUAAAGCAUAUGAUACAGGACUUAAAACCAUUGACAAUGCUACAAAUCAUAAACUUAAUUCGGUUGCUUUAGAGAAAUUAGCCAUCAGAUGUCCUCAAAUUAAAUCUUUGGUACUUAAAUGUCAAAUACAUGAAUCUGAUGGAAGUAAAUUUCAAAAUCUUGAAGAAUUAAUUAUUUAUCCACCAGUAAGAUUUAACAAAUCAAAUAUCAAACAAUUAGAAAAACAUAAAAGGCUAAAAGAAGUUACAAUAAUUAACGGUCUCACAUCUGACGCUGAAUUGUUUAUUGAGGAAUGUAAAAAUGAAAACAAAGUGUUGGCAUGA